AUGCCAGAACCCAGUUUUGGCUACCCACCGCCAGAGCACUACAACUUCAGCAAUUUCGAGUACCUGAACCACCCACUCCCUCAGCUUCACAAUAAUCAGCAGCCGGGGCCGUAUCCAGAGCAACUGCCCAACAUCCUCCCCCAGGGUGUGCCGAGUCAGCAUCACUACGCUCCGGAAAGUGCUCAGUACGAUCAGCCGCUGGUCUACAACCAAGGAUUUCCGCCACAGCAACCUAUAUAUUAUCAGAACCAACCCCAGUAUCCCCCUCAGCAACAACUACUGCCACAACCCACCUACCAGAACCCAUCACACUCUUUGACCAUAAAGCUUCCGGCCUUUAGCCAAAUGCCAGUGGCGACUCGAAGAUCUUCACGAAAUAGAACAAACUCGAUUGACGGAGGUGCCUCGGGAUCGGAGUAUCAUGAAAGCGAGAAGUCAUUCGAUCAUGAUAAGGAUGCAGACGGCGACGUAGAGGACAAAGGAGAGGAAGUCAAGGAAGAGGAAGUGCAGUACACACAAUCUUCGAGGGGGAGGAGGAUGGCAAAGAAGGUUUACAAGGAGAGCGAUCCAGAGGACGACCCUGACGCCCUUUUCGACGACGGAGUCGAUGUUGAGGUGCACACCGCCCCUCGGAGGGGUAACCGACUAAGACGGGGAGGAUAUCGCAUAGAAGACGUAGAUGACGACGACGAAGAGGAUGAGGGGAGCAAACGGUAUAACACCAGACACUCGUCCAGUAGAUCCAAAGCUAUCAUUCUCGACGAGGAGGACGACGUCAAGUCCAGUCGCUAUCCUACGCGCCAUCGAUCCAGACAGACAGCGCGUGUGCAACGAGUUCAACCUCACGAGCUCCGAAAGCGCAAGACAGCGCCGCCCAAGCCCAGUACGGCCGCACUCCGUGCUGAACGACAUGCUCGACGCGCCGCCUCCAAGGGUGGCGACGGUGCUGGUGAUCCCGACGGGGACGAUGCUUAUGUGCAAAAUACCUCUGCUGAAUCAGUCUCGGAUGAUGGGUCCUUAGCAGAUGCGGUACAUACGUCCUCAGAACCGGAGCCUGAACCCGAACCCGAACCUGAAGAUGACCUCGCAGACAACGAUAACGGUGACGGGGUGGAGAUGGUCGAAAGCGACGGCAAGCCAUAUGCGCUUAGACAAAGGGCGAAAAUAAAUUACGCUAUUCCUCCCCCUCUGGAAGAAACUGCGGCGAAGGCGCCACCGAAGGGUGGAAGAGGCGGUAACGGCUGGUUCGGGAACGGAAGGAAUGAGCGGAAGCAUGGCGGGCGAAAGAAAGGCUUAGGCUGGAGUGCGUCCGGAGCAGAGCUGGGUAGAUUGAUGGGCAUGCCUGCAGAUGAUUCAGACUCGGAUUUUCCGACGCGAACCCCUCGCAAGAACUUUGCCGCUGGUGCUGGUCUCUUUGGCACUGGGGCCAUAACAGGUAGCGCAGGUGGGAUGGGUGUCCUUCCUGCCGCCGGCGACCUCUCCGCAGCCAUCGGGACGCCCUCGAACCUCGGCAAAGUCGGUGCAGAUUCAGCUUUGGCGGAUGCAGACCCUCUGGGUCCUAGCCAAAACGUCACCUUUGACGAUGUUGGAGGCUUGGAAGAACAUAUUCAUUCUCUGAAGGAAAUGACGCUUUUACCUCUCUUGUACCCUGAAGUCUUCCAAAACUUUGGCAUUACUCCUCCUAGGGGAGUACUAUUCCACGGACCCCCCGGGACUGGUAAGACGUUGCUCGCACGCGCCCUUGCUGCGAGCUGUCGAAGCAAUGGGAAAGGCAUAUCGUUCUACAUGCGUAAAGGAGCGGACUGCCUAUCGAAGUGGGUUGGCGAGGCCGAGCGUCAACUCAGAUUACUAUUCGAGGAAGCCCGCAAUACGCAGCCCUCUAUCAUCUUCUUCGAUGAGAUAGACGGUCUGGCACCAGUGCGUUCCUCCAAACAGGAUCAGAUUCAUGCUUCCAUUGUCAGCACCUUGCUGGCGUUGAUGGAUGGCAUGGACGGGCGCGGUCAAGUCGUCGUCAUCGGCGCGACGAAUAGGCCAGACGCCGUUGAUCCCGCGUUGAGGCGCCCAGGGAGAUUCGACCGCGAGUUCUAUUUCGGAUUGCCGAGUUUAGACGCUAGGGAAAGGAUAUUGGGCAUUAUGACCAAGAAGUGGAAGGGAUGGGGCGGCGAGAGCAUCAAGGGCAAAGAACGUGAGAAGGAGGUAGAAGUCAUUGACCUUGAUACCCCCUCGAAGAAGCCAGUUGAAGACAAUCGAAGUGACGAGUUAAAGGACAAACUGAAGGGUUUAGCGAAGUUGACAAAAGGAUACGGGGGUGCUGAUCUCAGGGCAUUGUGCACCGAAGCUGUCCUGAACGCCGUGCAGAGGCGUUAUCCUCAGAUAUACAAGUCGACGGAUAGGUUGUUAUUGGCGCCAGAGACUAUCGAAGUACAAUUACGGGAUUUCAUGAUAUCUAUUAAGAAAAUUGUUCCGUCAUCGGCACGCUCGUCAGUAUCCGCUGCGACCCCCUUACCAUCACAGUUCGUUCCCCUGCUGUCUGAAACACUCGAAGCAGUCAAAGAUGUCAUCAACCGAGUUCUUCCAGUGGAGAAAAAGAGAACAGCGCUUGAAGAAGCUGAGUACGAGGACGAGGGGGAAGAAGGUGCCUUGGAUCGGGAAAUGAUGCUGCAAUCCAUGGAGAAACUGCGUGUCUAUCGACCAAGGGUGGUGAUACAUGGUCCGGUUGGAAUGGGACAAGGUUACAUCGGCGCCGGUGCUUUGCAUCACCUUGAAGGUUUCAACAUCCAGAGUCUCGAACUCGGUACACUUUUAAGUGAUUCUACUAGAACACCCGAUGCAGCUAUUGUUCAGCUUUUCAUUGAAGCCAAGCGGCAGCAACCCUCCGUGAUAUACGUCCCAUCCCUAGUCGGGUGGUGUGCAGCCAUCAACGAAGCAUCGCGGGCUACUGUGCGGGCAAUGCUUGACACGCUUGCACCCACUGAUCCCAUUCUAUUCCUUGCCGUUGUUGACGGCCCAUUCUCCUCCCUCCCACCUGAUGUCAAAGCAUGGUUCGGCCCCACACGCGACAAUCGUGUUGAGAUAUUGAACCCUACUUCGGCUCAACGUAGAGCUUUCUUUGACGGUCUACUCAAUGAUGUCAAACGCCCGCCGAAUAUGUUCCCAGAUGGGGUCAAGCGACGGAAGAGGAUCCUUGAGAACCUCCCAAUUGCGCCUCCAUUGGAACCCAGGCAACCCAGUGCAGCUGAACUCGCGCUUCAGGAAGAAACCGACCUGAAGAUCGUCACACUUUUGAAGUAUCGCUUAGGGCCUGUGUUGACAGAGUUGAAGCGUAAAUUCAAACGAUUUACGAAGCGAGCCACAGAAGAGUAUAAUUUCGACCCUAAUGAACCUUUCAUGCCUCCUCCAGAACCUUACCCCGCUACAACCAUUAUUGAGAUAACGCCAGCUGAACCAAACGGCCCUAUCGAAGUCAGCGGCGACACCCAGUCAACGGAACUCGUCAAUGGUCACACCGAUCCGCCACCAGACGAUCCUUUCGCCCCUCAACAGCAGCAACAAGUUCAAGUCCCACAACUAUACGACAUGGAUCUUGAGCAUAUGCACAUCGACCUGUACAAGGACAAAUACUUGACGCCUCAAGAUUUCCUUGACGACGUUGGAAAAAUGGUUCAUAACGCGGCCGUCCGUAUGCACGAGGACCUCGAUCGCCUGCACAAAGCCCAAGCAAUGUACACGGCAACACAAGUCAGCAUGCAAGACUUCGAUCAGCACUUCCGCAUGGAAUGCGAUCGUAUGGCUGCUAGAGAGCGAAGGAGGAGAGAGGAGCGGCGGAGGCAAAGAGAUAAGGAGAGGGGCGUUGAAGAUGACAGGCUUGCCAACGGUUUGAAUGGUCUCGCCACGAGAAGGAGUGCCCGCGCCAACGGUCAACAGCCAGAGAUCUCAAUAACCGAUCCAGUCAAGCUUGAGAGGCGCUUGAAGCGGCAACGCGCCGAUGGCACUAACGGAAUCGAUUCUAAUGGUUCUGAGGAAGAGGGCUCUGACCGCGCUCCAAAACGUAGCCGCACGGUUGACGGUGACGGUAAUGAGCCUGAUUCUCUCGAAGGUGCAUCGGAAACGAAUCACCAACUCGAAGCCAUGCAAGGAGUCGUCGCAGGGCCACUUACUCGGCCGCCGACUGUCCAUUUUGCUGAUGAAGCACCAGCAACUGGGGUGCCUUCUUCCAAACCGCCCAGUCUACCGCCCUCUACCCCUCCCGCCGACUCCUCUAUGGCAGUGGAUUCGACUCCAAGUAAACCUCCUGGGUUUGAUCCUUCACUUCUCAAUCCCGUAUCACGAGAGGACAACCCCUUCGCCUCGACUACUCCGAGAUCCUCUGUGCCGCCUGCGGGCAACGACGCUGCACCUACGAGUGUCCUUCCAUCACGCUUGUCCGCGGAACCCCCCACAACAACGAGGUCCAAAUCUCCAACGCCAAUGAUUAUUGAGCGUUCGCCUACCCCUCCUCUCCCUGAUUUCAUUGUUAACGAGCAGCAAUUAUCUACCUUCGCACAACAGCUGUGCGACGACACCAGAUUCCUUUCGAUCGAAUAUCUGGAGCAGCUACGUGCUACGUGCCUAAGUUGUGUCUGGCGGCACCGGACUGAGUGGGAUAGAGGUGAGCUCAUUCAUGAGCUCUCUGACAUCGCACACCAGUUUGUAGAGGAGGUUCGACAGUUCUCGUUACUCGAGACGAUAUAG